AUGGCCGGAUCGCAACGAGACGUGCUGCUGCUGCUGCUGCUUGCUGCUCAGCUGCUAGCACAUUACUGCUUAUUGUCAAAUCCCAAGUUUCAUGGGCAAACGAAGAAAUUUAAAACUUUCUCCAUGGUCACAUAUACUGUACGUUCUCGCUGCUAUAGGACAAGAGGACAGGUUCAUACAUUAACGCAGCUUCUCUUUAACAUGCGCUACAAUAUGGUCUGCCAAUGUGUAGCUCGCCAGAAUGCACAUAAGAACCGACCGCUUGUGCUCUCAUCACACUUCUCUGUCCCCUCUCGCCGCCGAUGGACGCCGCCGCAUUACAACACGCUCUCACCUGAGCUCCGUAAGGAGGCUGAGUGCGCAGCGGGGCUGGCUGCUCGUGGCUGGUGACUGAUUUUAAGCCACUC